AUGGAUGUAGCUAAUAGACCCUUACCUAUGGAUUUUAUGAAGCGGAAAUCGAAACAAGCACCAAUAUUGUGGAUUGCCAAGAAUUGUCAUGCUUCUAGUGGACGGGAAAAGUAUAUCAGUGAACUUAUGAAAUAUAUCAACAUCGAUUCUUAUGGAGACUGUUUGAAUACAAAACCUUUUCCACCUGACAAGACUCGUGAACAAUUGAUGGCCGAAUACAAGUUCUAUCUAGCUAUUGAAAAUGCAAAUUGUGAUGAUUAUGUGACGGAAAAACUCAUGGAUACCUUGAAAUUCUCUGCGGUACCAAUUGUAGAUGGACCAAAUUCUUAUGAUGGCUAUUUACCCAAUCAACGAUCUGCUAUUAGAAUGGAUGCUUAUCCUGAUCCUCGCGAUUUGGCAAAAUAUAUACGAUUUUUAGAUGAAAAUGAUGAUGCCUAUCUCGCUUACCUGAAAUAUAGAAAGGACGCAUUAAUCAAACCACCUAAGGAUCGGCUGGACUCCUCUUUUAUCUCGCUUUGGAGCGAUCAGACAGCGCAUGAUUAUAGAGUUAGUUGGUGUUCUAUUUGUCGACACAUGGUAACUACUUGGGAUGAAAGACACAACAACAAAAAUAUCAAAUCAAACAAUUCACAAAAGGAGGAUCGAUUUUUAGUGGACAAUUCUUGUAUGAUGGAACCAAAAUGGGAUUAUGCAGCCAACGGACCACCCUAUCAAUCAUAUUCAUGGAUACCAACUGAAAAGGAUGAAUUUGCUUAUGAUGUCUUGACCCCACAACAAGAACGACAAGAACAAGAAGAAGAGAAAGUUGACUCUGAAUUAUUGUUGCCUAAUGAUGACGGACUGAAUGAAGGCCAAGUUACUCUAUUAGGACUUCUUUGUAUCAGUUUCGCGGUGAUUUGCUUUGUUAUUCGGAUCGCAUAUCAAAGGAACAAGAAACUGAGACGAUAA